AUGAGCGCUCUUACGAUCCCCCGAAUAGCCACCCGGCUUGGCCCCAGAACAUGGACAUGCUCAGCUUGUCAGGGCCAAUUGGCCGUCGCGAAUUCUCACCCGUUUGGAGGACUCAGACGCUUUGCUUCGGCUAGUGGCUCAUCACAAGGAGCCAACGGCAAUGGUCGUAGAGGAUCGCGAUCUCGAAGGGUGUUGUUAUUCGCCUCGGCCAGUGCAGCUGGUGUGGCGAGCACAGCGCUUGCUUUUACAGAUGAAAUUCGGAAUAGCUACGAGUCUGUGGAGCGAACCGGUAGAGUUAUUGCCGCACUGGCUAUUUGUAUUAAUGAUUACCGUACGACACUAAACGCAAAGGCCACGAUACAAGACGAGGAAGAACAGACCAAGGUCUUGCAAGCGUGCCACAAACGUUGCGCCGAGAGAACAUUUAAAGUGUUGGAAAAGAAUGGCGGCAUUUUCAUCAAGCUGGGCCAACAUUUGAGCGCCAUGAAUUAUCUCCUGCCGCCCGAAUGGACAACAACUUUCGUCCCCUUGCAAGACAAGUGUCCCGUUUCGUCGUUUGCAUCAAUCGAAGACAUGUUCCGCAAAGAUACCAAUGGAGAGCUAUGGGACAUCUUUUCUGAGUUCUCAAGUGAACCAAUUGGCGCAGCCUCUCUUGCCCAGGUCCACCUAGCAACGUUGAAGGAGUCUGGUCGCAAAGUUGCUGUCAAAGUGCAGCAUCCUGACCUCGAAGCAUUUGCGCCUUUGGAUCUCGCUCUUACAAAAUACACUUUCUCUACGUUGAAACGAUUCUUCCCCGAAUACGACCUCGAGUGGCUUUCUUCCGAGAUGGAAGUGUCGCUGCCAAAGGAACUCGACUUUCAAGAGGAGGCGGACAACGCCAGGCGGAUGAAGGCACAUUUUGCCAAGAUGCCCGAGCUGCCUCUCGUCAUUCCCGAGGUGAUUUGGGCCAAGAAGCGUAUUAUAGUCAUGGCUUGCGAGUCUGGUGCUCGACCCGACGACCUGGAAUACCUGGACAAAAAUGGAAUCGACCGCGACGAGGUCUCUGCCACGCUAGCACGCAUCUUCAACGAAAUGAUUUUCGGAGAUGGCGCUCCGCUGCACUGCGAUCCUCACGGUGGGAACAUUGCCAUUCGCAAGAACAAUGCUCGCCGUGGCAUCGGACGCGGCCCAAACUUUGAUGUCAUACUCUACGACCACGGCCUCUACAGAGAUAUCCCGCUGCCCUUGCGGCGCUCAUACGCCAAGAUGUGGCUGGCAGUCAUUGACGGCGACAUGGACCGCAUGAAGAAGUACUCGCACGAAGUCGCGGGCAUCGGCGACCAAGACUUUCCCCUCUUCGCAUCCGCCAUUACAGGACGCGACUUCAGCGUCGUCAGCAACCAGGGCUCUAUCCUGCAGACCCGCAGCGCCGACGAGGAGCAAACCAUGAGCUCGUCCCUUCAAGAAGGGCUCAUUGUCGACCUGGUCCAGAUGCUCAGCCGAGUGCCGCGCAUCAUCCUGCUCAUUCUCAAAACAAACGAUUUAACACGAAGCUUGGACGAGAGCCUGCAAACUCGUCAAGGUCCUAUUCGCAGCUUUCUGAUUCUCGCGCGAUACUGUACGCGCACCGUCUUCCACGAACAGCUAGAGCAGAUUCGAAACAAGGGAUCACUGCUUUGGCCGCCAAAUGGUUUGAGGGUGUUUGCCGCGUGGUUGGGUUACCUGAGGGUGGAGGUGAAGCUGGAGGCCUUUGAGCUCUGGCUGGGUGUCAAGCGGGUGCUGGGUUGGAAGGUAGACUUUGCUGGCGGUUCGCAACUGUAG